UUUAAAAAUAUCCAUUUCAAUGUCCACGUUUAAAACUUAUCUUAUGUGUAAUAUUUAAAAUAUGUAAUUUUUAAAUACGAAAAGGGAAUGGUUUCCUUUUCCGCCGAGGCUACGUCGUAUCGUAUGAGUGGAAGUUAUAAAUGAAGAAGUGAUUUUGUUUCCUCUUGGCAACAAAAUUGACAUUCAUUUGUCGCAACAAAAUUUCAGUUUCAACGGAGGCCCAAAAGAAUGGGACAGGACAGGAGAGGGAGCGUGCAGUUCAGCAAACCCUAGAAAUUGGGGGACAAGAUAAGAACACUUUUCUUGAUUUUAAGGCUUUCAAUUAGCAACACGAUGGAGUCUUCAACUUCAGAGGCUUCGAUGGAGGUUCAGCAUCAAAAGAUUUAUGCUCUUCUUGAUUUUGUGAUGGAGUGUUGUAGAAAUCAUAGAUUAAUUUCUAGGAUGGUGGAACCAGAGAACUCCUUUGUUUCUAUUAUGAAGGAUGCAGUACUUGAUUCAGCACUAAUAGUUGACACUCUUACUGUUUUAAGUACUAAUGAAGAUGAGAUAGUCAAUGUUCCAAAGGAACAUGUUGUACUUGUGGACAGCUUGCCUAAGUUUCAUCCACCUCGAAAGGGUUUUUCAGCAAUUAGAAGCUUUCCUCCCGGGUGCGGGACGGGUGCUCCUCGGGUUAGAACUCAACAUGGCUCAAAAUGCUUGCAGAACAAUAGUUCAAGAACUAAAAAGAGACAUUGGUAUGGAGCAUCAACCAAAGUUGCAAAGAAAUUAAAUGCUGCAAGUUAUUCCGGAGCCAAUCCGUGUAAGUCUUGGUUGCAGUCUCCAAUCACUAGCAGAACAGAGUCUGAAGACCAUAAUCUUUUGGAGGAUACAACAAGGAAGGCAACUGGGAAUGAAGAUAUAAAUAUAGGGGGGAAGUUUUCUAGACAAUUUGACGAUGAGAAAUCCGAGGGAGGAAUACUUGUUGCAACUGGCCCUGAAUCUAUGGAGAAAAGGGUCGUGGUGCAGGCUUUGACGGCAGCGCCAAAUUGCCCAUGGAGACAAAGCAAGAGAAUUUGUAAAUCGAAACCAACUAAGAGAAUUUGCGAAGGCGAAGAACUUCAAGAUUUAUGAUUUGAUCAAGUUUUUCUGUGAUUUAAUGUAUACAUCCAAAGAAUGAGUCUUAUGCCAUUCAAAGAGGCCAUGUUAAUUGAUAAGAAAAUUACCUGAGAA